AUGCUACCAAGUAGUUUUAAAAUGGAACAGUUCUAUAUAAGACUUGUAGUUCUAAGUAUACUCGUUGUUAUUUCUUCAGCUGCACCGAUAUCCGAACAUGUGGACUUAGAAGACGAGGGUGAAUACGGAGAGUAUUUCGAGGGCGACAUGUUGCUGUCGAAGUCCCAACGAGAAGCCAUAUUUCAAGCAGUAGAUGGUAACAGUCGCAAUGGUCUACGAAAUGUGGCGAAACGCUGGCCGAACCGUACCGUCGUGUAUCACAUCAACGAAGAAGACUUUGAUGAAGAACACGUGCUAAAAAUUGAGGAUGCCUUAGCUGACAUAGCGAAUCAUUCGUGUAUCACAUUCCGACCUAGAGAAAAGGACGACGAACACGCAGGUACAAAAGGUGGAUGUUUUUCAAACGUGGGAUUUAGCACACCUGACGACGAAGGUGAAAUUCGUCAAGUACUGAACCUGGCCAAGGGUUGUUUCAAACACGGUACCGUAGUUCACGAAAUGCUGCAUACUAUCGGCUUCUACCACAUGCAGAGCACUUAUGAUAGAGACGAUUUUGUUACUAUUCUUUGGGAAAAUAUUAAACCUGGUCACGAACACAAUUUCGCAAAGUACAGCAAUGACACUGUCACUGACUUUGGAGUACCUUAUGAUUACAAUAGUGUAAUGCACUAUACAGAGAAAGCAUUUUCCGUGAAUGGCAACAAAACAAUCGUUCCACUAAAGGAAAAUGUGACCAUUGGCCAAAGGAUGGGAUUAUCUGAAAGCGAUAUAUUGAAACUAAACAAAAUGUACUGUGAAGACAACGAUGAUAAGGAAAUAAUGUUGAUUGAGAAUAUCGACGAGAUAGUGUCUGUGAUUGAUUUUUAG